UUAAUAAUCGGUCUGGUUUUCAAAACCUUAAAUUGGUGUGCACGACUGCGCGUCUCCUUGUGAGUCACAAAAUUUCUACUUCCCCUGAGACUGAGACAGACAGAAAAUGGCGAGGGGAAGCGAAAGUGUGGGUGAGGGCGGUACCGAAAGAGAUGAGCGAAGCACUGAGGCGCACGGUAGCCAGCCUGGAGAAUCUGGAAGCAGAGCUGCCGAAUAUUCUGUCUCUCUCAAACCCUUUCAUCCUCUCUAAGGGGACUAAUCCAGAUUAUCAUCCCCUCAAAUCUGAACUUGUUAAAAGUUUACCAACGCAAACUGGAACCUUUUGGGGAUGUAGGUCAAGCUCUACCACUGCCUUCUUCUUCUUGGAUGAUCAGGCUUCUGUUGACCACUCUUUACGUGACCUCACUUCAGUACAAAGAAAAGAAAUGGCUAACAUGAGCAUUGGGGAGGUACCAAUGAUGAGCAACUAUCAGGAGCAGGCUGGUCAGAAGAGAAAGCAUCCAUCUUCUGAAGAACACCCUGUUCAAGUUUGUUCUGAGGUGCACGUGAAGAAAGAACCACUUGAGGUUUUUGGUCAUAACAAUGGAAAAACUGAGGAACCAAUAGUAAUUGACAUUUCAGAUGAUGACGAGUGAUGAUCAUUUUGAGCUGCUUGUGCAGUUGUGCUGCCCUUAUUUUUCAGAAUCUGGAACUAAUAUUCAUCUUAUGCUCAAAUUGAAGAAUCUCAACUCAGAACUGAAGUAUGCGGAUUCUGGAGAAGUUUCUAGUUAUAUCCAAUCAAGAAUUGCUCUAGCCUGCAAUAGACAACUCUAGCCUUGCUAACUUCGUAACUUGUAUAAAUGUUUAAGCUUUGUUGAUUUGGUGUGAUUGGUAAAAUUACAUUAACCUCCUCUGAGCCUCUGAUGUUAAGGGACAUUACACAUACGUCUUUAUUUCUAAAAGUCUUUACAGAACUCUUCUAAGAUUUAAGUUAUAUCUGACAUCUGGUAACUAUAUUUUUCUAAAAUGGACACUGACCUCUCACUGGAUCUGGGGUUGUCAUUGUCAACAUAUAAUUCAUGGGGUGCUAUGUGUAAUUUCACCUAAAAUUCAAGGGAGGUUGGUGUACUUUAUCAUAUUUAUAACUUGUUAUCUUUGAAAGCUUAGCGUAUGCUUGGUGUUAAGGUUUGAUUAUACAAUGUAUAAUUAUUCAUUUAUUUGUCAUGUUAAAUUAUUAUAUUCUCAAAA